AUGUCAGGCCUUCCCCAUGCCAUUCCAAUUUGUGACUAUCCCACGCUCGAUCGGGUACCUGAGGGCCUGAGCUUCUCCCCUAAAGUAGGAGACUUUUUUAUCCAUCCCAAUCAGAAUACUGCAACAAUACAGAUACCUGUCGGAAGCCAUUUCUUUUCUCUGAUGAGGUCCGUCGGCACUCUUGCUCAAUACGUAGUAUAUACUCAUAAAAUACUGCUCGCGAUCUUCAUAUCUAGUGAGAGAUAUUCAGAGAUUGCGUCCUCGAUAUCGCCUCUCUCAUCAUCGGUGAUAAGAGCCACAACUUCUGCUUCCAUAUUUCCUGUAGAAAUUGAAAAUAGGGGGGGCAAUCCAGUUUUGAGCAGCUGCUUUAAUGUAGCAGAGGUAGGAGGUGAAGAGCAGCUGGGUUGGAGACUUAGGCUCAUAUUUUCAGCCUCACAGGAAGGCACAGGGCUUCAGUACCGCACUGAUACUGAUUCAACUCCCGCGCAAAUUUUGCCCCAAUCUCUGCUCAUCGAUCAGCUUAGUUUCAAACUUGAAAAUAGCCUAGAAUGCGGAAUCUUCGCACCGGGAAAUGUGCCAUUAUAUUUCCUUGCUAGUGAAGGUGGGCCCGGACUCGUUCUAGCUUGGGUAUUGGGAGUAACUGGAGCAAUUCCGACAGAACAUAGCUCCUCACCAUUCACAGCCGCCUUGAAGGCACCCAUAGGUAUUGUCCAUCACCACGCCAGCUAUGUACUUGUUAUGGAGGAUCUUUAUUUAUUCCAAGUCAUCCCAGUCACUUCAAGAUGCAGAAAGGGUGGACUGAAACAAUGCCACAUAUUACUAUUGACCAACAAGUCCUACGUGCUCCUAUAA